CCCUCAACUCUCAACAAGAUCAAUGGACACCUGAGUGGCUAAGGCAGCAGAUUCUGCAGGAGGACUUCCGCAGACGCCAUGUGGGAGGCGGUGCUGCCACUAAGACUGCUGAGGGGUAUGGAGCUGCAGGGCGCGGCAGAGGAAGAGGGGGUUGGAGAGGCCGAGGCCAUGGGAGGAGCUUUGGCAGAGGUAGAGGCCGAGGUGACUAUAAUGAGGGGCAUGGGAGCUCUAGUGGCAGGGGGAGUACCAGAAUGGAGGGCACCUGCUGGUACUGCAAGAAGAUAGGGCAUCCUUGGUUCAAGUGC